GUCUCAGCUGUAGGAAGAGCAAUGGAGGCUGCUUGACAAGGAAAGAACAGACUGGCUGCUUACACAGCACGGGGAGACAUUUCUGAGCACUCAGCUGGUCUGCACAAGGAUGAGGUAUGGCCCAAGCAGCUCUCUGCAAUAAUGUAUUGUGAUAAAAUACAGUACCCAGCUUGUGAACAGGCCUCUCCUAUAGAUUAGUAAAAGACGCUGAGGCAACAUAAACUGAAAGCUAUCUCUAAGAAAACCAUGGCAGAUGAAAGUGAAACAAAGCAGGAUGUUCAGGCGGAAUUGCUGAGUACUAAUAUUUCAGAGAAGAAAAGACCAGGGAAGUUUCAACCAUUUAGAAAGCUGUUUGGAAAGAAGAAAAAGAAAAGUUCUUCCCUGGCAUUUAAGGAAGGCAAACUAAUAUCAAGUCAGUCUUUUGGGAAUGUCUGCAAUAAUACAGCUUUCUCAUCUGAUGAAGAACACUAUGAUGAUCUAAGGUCCCUUAAUAAUACUAUGGGAACUAGGGCAUUUUCCCAUGACAGUAUCUUUAUACCAGAUGGGCAAAAUGAAGAUGAGCAGGACAUUCAGGCCAUAUCACAAGACAAUACAGGGGUCAAAGUGAAAACCCUCCAGCAACAGUUAGCCAAAAAUAUCCAUUUUGGGCAACCACCAGUAACCAGUCCUGGAAAGAGAAUGCAGCAUCUGGGUGCAAGCACUGAAGAAAUGGAUGUCUCACCUGGCAGCCCAAUUGAAAUUUUAAGCGACUAUGAAACAGAAUUGUUAGAAGAGGUAGAUAUGUCCACAGGUGAAUCAAGUUCUAUUAGUCCAUGGAAUGUUUCUGGAAAUAAACAUAAUGCAGAGGAGAAGGUACCUCCAGUGAAACCCUCACGGCAAAAAAGGCCCUUGGCAGCUUCUGGCACAAUUGAGUCUAUAAAUCUGGAUGCUGUCCCUCGGUCUAUUGCUCGUCUAGAUAAUAGUGCUGCUAAACAUAAACUUUCUGUCAAGCCAAAAAACCAGAGGGUGUCAAAGAAGCAUAAAGAAUUGUCCAUGGAUAACCAGAGUAUAGAAGACACUGUGUAUGAACAUGAAGACAUUUACAGUAUGAAACAAUCUCCAGAAAAAUUAAUUCAACAUUUGACAGAAAAGUCCCUGCAACAUGUGAAUACACAUGAUCACAUAGAAUGGAGAAGGUGUAAAAACCAAGAUGGAGAAAUUCUAAAUAAAUUACAAGCACAAAAGUGUGAAGAGGAAAAAGAAAGAAAGAGACAAGAACCCCUAAAAGCUCUUGAAGAGCAAAAACAAAUUCAGUUAAAAGAGCAGAAACAGCAUGAAGAAAAAAGCAAACAAAGAGCUGAGCAAAUUUGUCAAGAACUAGAAGAGCACCAAAGAAAGGAGGAAAAAGGGCAAAGGGAACAUGAAGAGCAGACAUCACACCAAAAAGCAGAUAAGCAGCAUCAAGAGGAAGAGAGACAAAGACACAAGGAGGAAAAGAGAAUCGAGGAGCAAAAGAGAAUCGAAGAUCAGAGGAGAAUUGAGGAGCAAAGGAGAAUUGAAGAGCAAAAUAAUAUUGAGGAGCAAAGGAAAAUAGAACAAAAGAGAAUUGAGGAGCAAAGGAAAACUGAGGAACAAAAGAGAAUUGAGGAGCAAAAGCAAAUUGAGGAACAAAAGAGAAUUGAGGAGCAAAAUAAAAUUGAGGAGCAAAGGAAAAUUGAGGAGCAAAGGAGAAUUGAGGAGCAAAAAAUAAUUGAGGAGCAAAAAAGAAUAGAACAAACACGAAUCGAGGAGCAAAAGAGGAUUGAGGAACAACAAAGAAAGGAGGAACAAAAGAGAAAAGAAGAACUAAAACAUGAAAGCAUAGAAAUGCUGAAACAAUCUGAGAAAGAGAAUGAGAAAAAGUCAGAGGAUCUAAAAGAUUCUAAAAUUAGUUUAAUGGGAAAAGAACUAACUGUAAAACAGAAAACAACAGAAGAAAUAAAUCAAGGUGAAGAUCUUAAGCACAGACAGCAAAAGCAAAUUGAAGAUCAACAGAAGGAAAGAAAUGAAGAGCUACGAUGGCAGGAACUUGAUCAAAGGCAAUCAAUGCACAGACCAUUCACAUUUAAAGUGACAUCUGGUGAAAAGCAAAUUAUAUUUCAAAAAGUUAAUUUAAGCCCAGUGACUCCAUUAAAAGAAUCAUCUGCUUCACCUGAUACCCACGGCCCUAAAGAAAAUAAGCUGCCUACAAGCCCACAUUCAUUCUCAUCAUCUCAGUGUGUUCCCCACACAGCCAUCUUGGUCACAGGUGCACAACUUUGUGGAACAGCAGUAAACCUUAAUCAGAUCAAGGAUACAGCUUGUAAAUCCUUGCUAGGUCUCACUGAAGAAAGAAAACAUAUCGAUAAUGAGGCAAUUCUAAAUGCAAAAGAGAAGCAAGAUGCUAUACAAGUUAGCAAGACAAAGUAUUCAUCUGAAUCUCUUGAAAACCAGUCUAUUCUAGCUGAGUGGGCAUCUAUACGAUCAAGAAUCCUUAAUAAAGCUGAAAAUGUUAUCUUGCAAGAGAAAGAGCUAAACUCUCAAAUAGACAGUGAUGAACUGGCUGCCAAAGGAAAAGGUGAUUCCCAUAGCAACUUAAGGAAAACAAUGUCAGCUAGUGCUAAAUUCUCCAUAACACCUGCAUGGCAGAAAUUUGCAGAAACAGUAAAGCCCAGUGAAGAAGUGAUAAAACAAUCAGGCAGGGAAAGUAUUUUAACAAAGCCAGAAUUAUCUGACAACGAAGCUCAGUACAAGCCUCAAGAGAUCACAGUAAAUGUGCAAGACACAUCUACAAAUAAAAGGAAAAAGCAAAUACCUCCUGAAGACACCACAGAAGGUUUUAUAUUUUCAAAAGAUCUUCCAUCCUUUCUUGUUCCUAACCCUCCUCAGUCUCCUCGCAAAGUGCAAGUAGAAGUCCAAACUUCUUUUGAAACACAAACAGGCAAUGCCUUGAGAAAAAAUGAGAAAUUUUUACAAAAUUCAGAGGAAAAAACAGCUCCAUUUGGGAUAAAAUUAAGGAGGACAAAUUACUCGUUAAGGUUUCAUUCUGAUGCACAAAAUGAUCAGAAAAGAAAAAAGCGUUACAGCGCGGGUGAUAGCUUUGAUGGAGUCCCUACUUCUUUCAUUGCCACUGAUGAAUCAGAACUAAGACUUGGUCCUGGGAAAGAAAUUGAAGCAUCUCCUACAAAGGUAAACAGGGACACAAGUGUGAAAGUUCAGACAAAUAACUCAAACAAUCCAUCUGAUACUCUUCAUUUCACAGCCAGCCCAUUGGUUCCAGUCUCCAAUGCAUUAUCUUCACCUAACAAAGACAAAGUGGUCCCAAAAUCACCUAUUAUUCAAAAGCCAUCCCUGGCUCCAAAACCGUCCAGUCCUACUCCACCAUCUUCCCCCCUUUCUAAGCUUAAAAUAAUAAAAUUGACUGACUUGUCAGAGCAAAGUCUGUCAAAAAGAGAAGAGGAUAAAGAAACGCUGAUAGAGGACAGCAGAGUAAAUCUAUUACUUUCUUCUCCAAAUAAAAAUAAAAAUGAAGAGCAUGAAACAAAAGAGAAAAAAUGCUUGUUCCCAUCUAUCACAAUUCCAUGGAGAGAGAAGCCAGACAAAACACAAGAUCAAGCUGGCAGAGAAAGGCCAAUUCUUCAAAGCCGGCAUUCAUUAGAUGGCACCAAGCUGAUGGAAAAAGUUGAGACUGCUCAACCUCCCUGGAUAACAUUAGCGCUAAAAAAACAAAAAGGUUUUCGGGAGCAGCAAGCAUCGCGGGAAGAAAGAAGACAAGCAAGGGAAGCUAAACAGGCAGACAGAUUAGCAAAGGAAAAUGCUGGGGAUGUCAUUCAGCCUGUAGAGUACAGAAGCAGAUCUGGGUCACUUCAGAAACCAGCUACUCAAGAAGAGAAAAAAUGUGAAUCAGUCGUCCCCCGGCUGCAACGCAGAGAGCAGCUGCAAAAGUCAAACACCCUUCCAACAUCUGUGACAGUGGAGAUCACUGAUACAGUUCCAGUUCCUCCCCUAUCAAAGGACAUUCCUAAGAGAUUCUCCACUCCAGAUGCUACUCCCGUUUCAUCAGAGCCAGCCUGGCUAGCUUUGGCCAAAAGGAAAGCAAAAGCUUGGAGUGAUUGCCCACAAAUUAUUAAGUAAACAUUGUAUCUUAAGACGCUAGAUAUGAUUAGGUGUUCUCUACCUGUGUUUGUGUUCCACUGUAUGGUUGUUACAAUAGACAUACACAGUAAACGUUGUAUUCAGGGGUUAUCCAACAAAAGGAUACAAGCCGAUAUUAAAACAAAUGUGUUGUGUUGUUUACAUUUGCUUCCUUUUACUGGGACAAUGUAACGGUGAACAAUAUAUAAGUUCUACACAGCUUCUAUGUUUAAGAACUUUUAAACUCUGCUCUUAUUCAGGACUCUUCUUUACAGAACAAUGUAUGUAUCAAUUGGAAUAUUGUUGACCCCUCAGAAAUGCCAGUUACACCAUCUUAAGGAAACCACAAAAAUGACAAAUCUCUCCAGCAAAACAGAUUUUAAUUACAAGUUCUUUACAUUUGUGUAUAUUAUUGUGAAAAUGUUUUAUACAGAAAAGAAAUGCAUAAAUGAUAUUUCAUGUUUAAAAAUGAUGCCUCAACCAAAUGAUGUCUUCUCUGGACUUUUAUGGCCAAUACAAAGUUGGACUUUCUUUUCCAGGUCUCAUAAUCAUGUGCUCUGUUCUACUGUAUCAUGUGCCUGUAAUGUAUGGAGUAAAGGGACAGUCUACUCCAAAAUGGUUAAUGUUUAAAAAAAGAUAGAUAAUCCCUUUAUUACCCAUUCCCCAGUUUUGCAUAACCAACAUAGUUAUAUUAAUUGUAAUUACCUUGUAUCUAAGCCUCUGCAAACUGCCCCCUUAUUUCAGUUCUUUUGUCAGAAUGGCAUAUUAGCCAAAAAGUGGUGACAAUGUUAUCUAUAUGGCACACAUGAACUAGUGAUGUCAAGCUGUAAAAAUUAGCAAUAAGCCUACCUAGGUUUAGCUUUCAAAAAAGAAUACCAAGCAAACAAAGCAAAUUUGAUGAUAAAAGUAAAUUCGGAAAUUUGUUUAGAAUGGCAUGCCCUAUCUGAAUCAUGAAAGUUUAAUUUUGACUAGACUUUCCCUAAUGGUUGUAUAGCUAAAGGGCCUGCUAAGAACUCAGAGAUAGCAAAUUGGGCAUCAUCUGUUGUUUUCAGUAUAAUGCACAUCAAGUUGAAGUAUUGUCUUAUUAAUCUAUACAGCACAAUAUAAAAUAAGUGGUAUUUGAUUGGUUCACAUUUACAAAGAAACAUCAUGUUGCUGAUAUAUGAGCAUAAUAUCAAGAAUGUCAUCAUUUUCUCUCUUUCUCAUUCUCUUUAUUCCGUAAAACCAUAUCCCAUGAACAUUUGUCUUAAACUCAUAGAUAGCACUUCAUUCUCCUAGUCUUACAUAAGCAUAUACUUAAAGUUUGAAUAGCAACAUAAAUUCACUGAUCAUUGACUACAGUAGCCUACCUUAACAAAUUCUAAUGUUUCACUGACGUUGGUAGGAUUACAUCAUUUGGUCUAAUGCUUUUAAAAUCAUUCAGUAGGGUGAUGCACAUUUAUUACUACUAGUUGAGGUAGACACUCUUAGUUGUUUACACGAAGGGCCAGUUACCACAGUUCUUUACUGACCAAUACUGCAUAAUCUAAGCAAUCACGCAUAUUCAGCAACCAGCUUUUAUUUUUAGAAACCAGCGAGAGAUGUCAUUUGACAACUACUGCCAGGUGGAUAGAAACAACUAUGACUCUUAAUAACUACACAACAGGUACCAGCAUGUUGUAAUGAGGUCUAUACAACUUUUUGCCAAUGCCCACUAUUUAUAGAGCCAUUUCUUCCCAUGUUGUUUAUUUUACUAUGUAACUAUCUGUUGCUAACAUGUAAUUUACAUACAGUAUAUCUAGAAAAUGGAUACUCAGUACAACUGCAACAACUUGGUUGAAAUCCCACUCUAGAGCCACAAAUUAGCACAUGCACAACUUGUAAUAACAAAACAUUGUAUAGCUGUUUAUGGGACACGUGCUGUGUUAGAUAAUCAGUGUUAAUUGUUUGAUAGUUGUUUGAAGGACAUUUUACAUUUAGUUUAUUCUUAGAAUGAUGUAUAAAAUAUCACAAAUGUGCACACUGUAAACACUUUACUAGUUACUAGUUGUCAUCUUCAUGCAAUUAAACAUUAUGCUCCACUUGUGCCUGUCUGAAACUUAGGAAUGGAUUAUUAAUAUAUAUAUAAUGAGUCAAAAUAUAUAUCCAAACAUUUCUCAUUUUAAUUCAAAAUAGAUUUAUUAAAACAAAAUAUAUUCAUUUGUUACUGUUCAAACUUGUCAUGGAUUAUUUAUUUGCCAUGUUUUAAUUACAUGUCAUGGCUAGAACAAAUUGACAUGUGUUUACAAACCAACCUUUUUUCUCUCUUUUUUAAAUUGUGUACUUGUUAAUAAUACACCAUUAACAAAAUGUAUGUUUAAGUACAAUCAUCA